AUUAGCACAACAAUGCUAAAAAGGAGGAAGCUUGAGCUUGAUGCUGUUGUUUACAAUAUUGACAACAAUUUGAUAGGCUUUGGCUAAGCAUAUUAGUUUCAGCUUUUCCUUUUUGUCAAUUUCAAAUCAAUGCUCUCAUUAGUGUAUUUUCCAGGAAGACAACUUUGGUUGGAGUUCGCAGACUUUUGGAGGAAGAUCUUGGACUUGAUAAAAAUACUCUCGAUCCUUUUAAGAAGUUAAUAAGUGAGCAAAUAGAUCAGGUACUGAAUUCAGGCAGAGUUUCUAAGAAUGCUAAUCAUGUUAAGAAGAAAAGCUCUGAGAAAUCUCAAAAUAAAACAUCACAAAAGAUAAGCAGUGAAAAAGGUUCUGACUCCUCAGAUGAGGAAAGUGACAAGGAAAAAGACAGAGUAAAAUCAAGGAAGCAGGCUGCUCCAAGGGAAAAGGAUAAGAAACGUAAAAGGUCCAACAAAGAUAGCAAUCCCGCUGUCUCUGGCAAGAAGCAAAGCAUGCGCGAAAAGAGGCCAAAAGAGGAAUAUAUUGAUUCUGAUAAUGAUGGAAGUGUAUCUGAAGAUGGUCAAUCUCAAUCAUCUGUUGGAAAACCUGUGAAGAGAAAAGAACAAUCAACUCCUGGAUAUGGAAAACGAGUUGACCAUCUGAGAUCAAUAAUUAAAUCAUGUGGAAUGAGCGUUGCUCCUACAGUUUACAAGAAAGCCAAGCAAGUACCUGACAACAAACGAGAAGCCUUUUUAGCAGAGGAGUUGGAAGGAAUUCUCAAAAGAGAAGGACUACCUAGCAAUCCUUCUGAGAAAGGUAACUGUAAUAUUUUUCCUUACUACCUCUUAUUCUUGAUAACUCCCUCGCCCAACUUGGUACUCCCCGUGAUUCUUGGAUCUAACGCCGAUCUGGCUCUAGUUUUGCUUGCCAUCCCUCGGUGUUCAUGUCAAGGGCAAUGAUCACAAGAGUCAUUAAUGGACUCUAU